AUGCUAUUACUUACAAGGUCGAUUUGCGCAAUCUUGCUAGCCUUGAGCUUUCUUUUGGAUAGAGCUCAUGGAUGGUUCUUCCACGGAAGAGAACUCAUCGGCUAUCGAGCAGUCACCGAAGACCAAGCCAGAUUUAUUAAUGAUGGCAAUAAGCUAUCCACAGAAGAGAUAUACGAUAAACCAGGUGAAAGCCUCAAUCAAAUUGGAGAAGGAUUUUAUUUAUACAACGAUCCUUCUUGCGGGAAUGAGAAACCAUCGGAAAAUAAUUGGUUUUGUGCUAUCGAAGCGGAUAAAGAGAAGAUGGCAAAAGCAACCAAAGUAUGGAUCCAGGAAUUUUGGACAAGAUGGGCUUCGGAUGAUGAGAGUGUGGAACUGGACUUAUGGGCUGGAGACGAAAGUUUAGUUAAGCAAUACAUCAGAUGGGAACUCAGGAGGAGCCCCGUAAGAGCGCUGCGAUUCUCAUGGAUCAUACUCAAUGGUUGGAAGCCGCAAAUGGUUAUUCCAAAUGAUACGAUACGAAGAAACGCCCUCCAAAUAUGGGCUCAGUGCUAUCGAACAAAGGAGGAGCUAUAUCGAUAUUCGAGCGAAAUCAUUAAUUGGGAAGCGAAAUGGGAAAUCAAUGGAGAAGCUGGUCUGCCGAGCGUGGGGAGUUUCAGUAUGGUUCCGGACACUUUCGAUCCAAUGGUUUCUUGA